CUUCCUUCCCCUCACUCCCCGAAUCCUGUCAGGCACCACAUCUCACACGACACCGAGCUGGCCUCACCAUGGUGUCAGAAGAGGAGGGCGUCAGCCCGCGCAAACGCCGGAAGAUUGGCCCUCCCAAAGCAGCGCCUUACGUGUUUCGAACCCUCUUCGACCAAGUACCCUUGAAUGCCGACAAUGACGACGAUGAUGUCCAUAUUACCUGUGUUGAGUAUUGGAAUGACAACCUCUAUAUCGGUACCUCUGCCGCCGAGAUCCUGCAUUUCGUCUGCCUCCCGCCGGACCCCUCGGACCAGUCGAACGAGCCCUCAUUUAUCCUCGCAUCGAGACUCCCAAUACCUUUCUCUCAAACCCCGUCAGCGAAGCUACCCGGGAUACAGCAGAUUGUGCUACUUCCGACGGUGAACAAGGCCUGUGUCCUAUGCAAUGGAACAGCAACCUUCUACCUGUUGCCGGAACUCAGCCCGGCCUUCGGGAACACCAAGGUUAGCAGUUGUCGCUGGAUUGGGGGGCUGGAUUUGAACGCAGCGGAGGAGUUCGAGAACCCGGUAGUUAUGAUUGCGGCCUCGAACCGAAUUAUGCUGGUGAGAAUUGGCGAUGACGCUCGACGUAUAAGGAACAUCGAGUUUCCCGGGUGCCUGGUGGCGUCGCGACGAGGCCCAAUCGCCUGCGCUGCUGAUACGCAUACCUAUUCGCUACUGGAUGUGGAAAACCAGCAGAAGAUUCAAUUGUUCCCCGUCUCAUUCUCUAGCGAGACAUUCGAGUCGGGUCAGAUGGAAGCGAGAUCCCCGUCAUCACCGUUUGCAAGUUCGCCGGUGGCAGAGAGCCACACGCAUGACAGAACCACCGGUCCCAACAUGCUCGCUGGAAUGUUGCAGCCGAAAACCCAACCCCACCCGCACGAUAGAUCAAGCUCGGUCACCCCGGAGCUGUCUCCUGUUUCAGGGACGCCGAGACGGUCAAUCUCGAAAGACCGAGCAGGCAGCGCUUCCCCAAGAAUGUCUCCCGCACACCCGGCCCGCGACUCGCAGCCUAGUCCAGAUGAUCGAAAACCGCUUCCUGCCAUACCAAAGCAGCCGCCUACACAGUUGAAGCCUUACAUCCUGUCACCAACCCCGUCAGAGUUCCUGCUCGUUAGGGGGACCGAUGCGACCGAGCCCGGGGUUGGGAUGUUUGUCAACGUCGACGGCGAUGUGGUUCGCGGCACGAUAACUUUCCACAAGUAUCCGGAGUCGAUUGUGAUUGACAAGGGCGACGAAAACCACAUGAUACCAUCACCGGAGAACACGCAAGAGGAGCUUCUUCUUGCUGUCAUCCAGUCCGAAACAGAUGGCCAGCCACGCAAGUUCUUAGAAGUACAGCUCUGGGAUGUUGAUCCCGCGGAGGCAGAGGACCACAAAACCUGGGUAGAAAUACCGUGCGCCCAGCCCACCCCGGUUGGCCUAUGUCAUACACUCAGCCCGAGCAAGCUCGAAAUAUCCGAGCUAGGGAAUCUACUGCGCAUGGUUCGUCUGAAAACUCCGUCAUUGUCGCCCCAUGUGCCUACGCAUGACCCGAGAACGCAAGCCUCUAUCGAACACCUACAGAAGGAAAAGGAACUAUUCGAGGCCCAGGAGGUGACCGAUUUCGAAGGCUCGAAGAAAGGCGAGCACGGUUGGGAGGCGGAGCGAAACGCCGAAGAAGCAAGAUUUGCGCGUGAACUGGGCAAGACGCAGAGCAGCAUGGUGAUGUGGAACGGCAACCAGAUAUGGCGGGUGGUGAGAAACCCACUCACCACGCAGCUCAACGAUGCUCUGCAAGGUGCUCAAGAGGCCGGCACUGGCGACUCAAGGGUCUACAACAGGAAUGCGAUUGCCGAUGUCAUCCAGCUCGUGCAGACUACUGAGCCCAAGUCCGAGUCGGAAUUCCUGGGACUGAACUAUGUGAAGCAGAAAGCUAGUCUACUUCUUUUUGCCGACCUCGUCUUCAUGGACCCGGCUGCGCGAAAGCCUACGAUUAUCGACGACACGGAACGAGCGCUCAUCGUUGGAAACCUGGACCCCCGGAUUGCCUUGCUGCUAGUCCCUCUCCUGCGACGCGAGGUUCUCCAGGGCCCGCAGGGAAUCUGGGUCCAUGCCGGUCUGGCUGCGAUCACAGAGACCUACGUGCAGCAGCUCGAGAAGACGACAAAGAGUGGGACUUCUGACAGCACAGUGUUGGACAUGCUCAAGCGAUUCCUUUUCUCCUGGCAGCAAAAGAGGGGAUAUGGCAGUAUCACGGAUGAAACGUAUGUGUUUGACAGCGUUGAUGCAGCUCUCCUGCACCUGAUUCUGGAGCAAGACGCACAGAUGUCAGCUGAACAGCGCUCGCACUCGCCAGUCCGCGCGGAACUGAACCGCCUAGUGGACAACUGGAAGGGCAACUUUGACCGAGCAGUGGCGCUGCUAGAAAGCUACCGACGCCUUUUCGUGCUCAGUCGACUGUACCAGAGCCAGAAGAUGUCUCGAAACGUCCUCAAGACCUGGCGACGCAUCAUCGAAGGCGAGGAAGACCGCGGCGGCGAGGUUACCACCGGUGGAACGGAGGCGCAGAUGCGCCGGUACCUCGUCAAGAUCAAGGACGUGCAGCUAGUCGAGGAAUACGGAGCAUGGCUGGCCCAGCGCAAUCCCUCCCUGGGUAUACAGGUGUUCUCCGACGGCACGAGCCGAGUCAAGCUGGAGACCCCGGACGUUGUCCGCUUGCUCAAAGAACACGCGCCCAACGCCGUGCAGGUGUACUUGGAACACCUCGUCUUUGUCCGAAACUACACUCAAUACGCGGACGACCUACUCUCCUACUACCUCGACACCGUGCUCUCCGUCCUCGAGUCCUCCCCGGAGGCCCGUGCCUCACUCGCCGAAUCCUACUCGACCUAUCGCGCCCUACAACCCCCGAAACCGACCUACAUGAACUUCAUCACCGAGAACACCCCAGCCGAGCCAUGGUGGCAAUCCCGACUCCGACUCCUCCAGCUCCUCGGCGGCGGCAGCGGCGGCCACUUCUCAUCCCUCCCAUCCCGCAACCUGACCUACUCCAUCCCAGCGGUGCUCGCGCGCAUCGAGCCAUUUCAAAACGAGCUCGUAUCCGAGUCCGUGAUCCUCGACGGCCUGCAGGGUCGUCACCGCGAGGCGCUCCACCUGCUGACGCACGGGCUGGGCGAUUACGACUCGGCAGUGCGGUACUGCCUCUUCGGCGGACCGCGCAGCACCAGCUCGACGGGGGCGUUGGCCGAGUUCGCGGACCGGACACUGCAGUCGGAGCUGUUUCGCUACCUGCUCGACGAGUUCUUGCACAUCCAGGAUCCGUCCGAGCGGAUCGAGCGGACAAGCGACCUGCUGGGUCGGUUCGGGGCGUGGUUCGAUGUGGGCGAGGUGUUGCGCGUCGUGCCGGAUGACUGGAGUGUGGAUAUCCUGAGUGGGUUCCUCGAGCAUGUCUUCCGGGUGCUGAUCUCGGAGGGUCGCGAGGUGCGCAUCGAGCGGGCGCUCAGUGCCGGGCUGAACCUGCGGAUCGGGACGGAGUAUAUUGCCGGGGUGGAGAAGGCUGGGGGGUGGGUGGAGGACGAAGGAGGGUUACGCCGACUGAAGGACGGUGCUGUCCAGGCAGAGGAAGGGAAAGACCUGGGGAGUGACUUUGGAGACAUGGUGGGAGCGGAUGCUGCCCCCUGAUGUGGAUUAUGAAUGAUGUAUAUACAACCACCGCAUUCUAAUGGACGAAUGAUACCAAGAAG